AUGUCAACCCCCACCAUCAGACCUAUCUCCGAUGUGUUGUAUCUAGAUAGAGCCUUGAAAUAUGAAAGGGAUGUGUCUACCGCCAAGUCUCAGUCCGAGGCACUGGAGGCUGCCAUUGCUGCCGCCGAGAAUUACAUGAAAGCAUUGAGUCUGACCAGUUCGGCUCAAGACAAGCAACGGCUAGAUUUUAAAUGUAAAGAAUGGCUGUCUCGAGCAGAGGCAAUCAAAGAAAAGGGUGUAUGGCAAACGCCUGACCCCGAAAACAAUGGUCCGGUAUUGCAGGAGCCAGUCUCUACGAAGAAGCUCUCGACAAGAGAGGAAAUCAUCAUCUUGGGAAGUUCAAAGCUGAAUCAAUUUGUAUUUCCACCGUGGAAAGAGGCCCCCGAACCCAAAGACUUCAACUUAGAACAACAUGAUCGCAAAUUUGAGGACAAGGAAUUGAAGCUUUCGGCCAGUCAAAAGAAGGUUUUUAAUGGCUGGAAAAGGCCUGAUGAGCUGUUUACUCAAUUCUCACAUCUUGAUUCAAAAUCCUCAAGUCCGCCCAUUGUUGGAUCCGGCGUUAUGGAUUUAGUGCAAGAUGUCACCACCGAUUGCUCUGUAGUGGCAAGCCUCUGUGCUGCGAUUGCAAGAACCGAGAGGGGACAUGGCACACUGUUUCGAACUGUGAUGUUCCCAUACGAUUAUACACAAAAUGCACCUCGUCUUUCUUUAUCCGGCAAAUACAUCUUCCGUUUUCAUUUCAACGGUUGUUAUCGAAAAGUUGUUAUCGAUGACAGGCUUCCAUCAUCCAAAACAUCGCGCUCGCUCUUCGUGAUUGACCGGAAUAAUCCUCACAUAAUGUGGCCUGCACUGCUUGAGAAAGCAUAUCUCAAAAUUCGUGGAGGAUAUGAUUUUCCUGGCAGUAAUUCUGGCACAGAUCUGUGGGUUCUUACUGGUUGGAUCCCAGAGCAAAUAUUUCUGCAUCAUGAAGACGUGACACCUAACCAGUUAUGGAAACGCAUAGCCGACUCUUUUCAAUAUGGAGAUGUAAUAGUAACCAUUGGGACAGGAGAACUAAAUCAACGCGAGGAAAGCCAAGGGUUUAUCAGCCGGCAUGAUUAUGCUGUUUUAGAUUUGUUGGAAGAAGCAGGACGCCGCCAGAUUCUCAUCAAGAAUCCAUGGGCCGAUCCAGUCUCCAAAAUCCCGGGAAGUUAUCGUCGUACUCUUGAAGAGCAAGAAAUCGAAGCAAGAAACCCACGAAACCCCCUUCUUCCGGGCUCUUUUUGGAUGGAUUAUGACCAAAUAUUUCAAAACUUCGAAAACUUAUAUCUGAAUUGGAACCCGGGUCUUUUUCGUUGUCGACAAGAUAUUCAUUUCGUGUGGGACUUGUCGAAACCUCGUCUGAACCAAGGAUGCUUUGCAGGAAAUCCGCAAUUCGCGGUGUCUACAGAGGCAGGAGGCCCUGUCUGGUUGCUGCUCAGCAAGCAUUUUCGAACAAUUGAAGUCCCAGGCGCCGGUGAUGAGCCCGGCUUCAUUAGCUUGUACGUGUAUAAAGAAAGAGGACAACGUGUUAUUCUCAGUGAGGGUGCCUUUUAUCGCGGCCCUUUUGUGGACUCCCCAAACACCUUGGCGAGAAUAGACAUGGAUGCGCAUUCAAGCUUCACUAUUGUAGUUGCUGAGCAGUCUCUUGCUUUGCUACCUCAGAACUUUACACUUUCUGCCUUUUCUCGAAAUGAGGUGGCACUCAAGCAUGCAGAAAUGAAAUAUUCGCAUGAGGGGGGGAAUACGGAGUCCCCCCGAUACCCAUCCAAUCCGCAGUUUGUUUUUCAGAUAACCGAAGAGGCAGACAUAUCGAUACUAUUAGAAACAUCAGACCUUGAUCUCGCCAUUCAUGUCAAACUUUUCUGGUCGGAUGGAAAGCGGGUAUCAAGUGUAAAGAAGCGUGAUAUCAUCACAGAUAGUGGUGACUAUCGUCCGGGCUGCGUUGUCGCUGCAACUAAUAACCUUCGUCGGGGCUCAUAUACCAUAGUGUGUUCUACAUUUGCCCCCGAUCAAAUUGCGAGAUUCAACCUGUGGGUUUCUUCUACCCGGAAAUGUCAUGUGAAGACAAUACCACCUGAGGCCGCAGGCAGGUUGCCAGUGAUCUCAGAUAUAGGAGUUUUACCUCCAGGCACCGACCGUAUAAUAGCGCCGCUGCGUGUCCCUCGCCUGACGAGAAUAAAAUUGAUUGCGCGAAGUCGAGAAUCAACGAUUGGCAAUCGUCACGUUGCCUCAUCACCGAUGCUCAUGACCAUCGAAAUCGGCCAGGGUCCGUACAAAGAGAUCCUAGCAGCCUCAGAAAACGGCGAAUUCAGCGAUGCGAUUUCGGGGAUAAAAGUACCAGACCUUGAUAUCCGACCCGAAUACCAGCAGCAAGGCGGUAUCUGGAUUGUUGUUGAGAGAAUCGGAGGGCCUGGUGGACAGAUAACCGAUCAUAUCGACGUAGAAGCUCUUGGUGAGGAACGUGUCGAGAUAGGCGAAUGGAUAGUGCCAUGA